CAAAUAAUAAAGUUUCUUACAACGGGGCAUAAGGAAAGUGUUUUCCAAAGACUGUUAUUGGCUAGUUUCCUGUCUCUGGGUAAGAAAGGGGAACCCAUAAAGCAGUGAGACCCAAGUUCUGGGCGCUGUGUGUGAACUCUGAGUGAUUGGGUGAGGAAUGAGGUUAGAGCUCACCAAAGACGUCCUCUUUCUCCUUGAAGGCAAAGCGUCCCAGAAAGCAGUGCGGGGUUUGCAUGUCGGGGUGCUGGCUUUGCAGCAAUGGUUGGGGUUCUGUUCGGCUCUGGUUUCUGCUUGGCACACCCGAGGGUGCAGGCUGAAAUAUGUUCCCAGUUUUAAGAGAGUCUAAGCGAUUGAAGUCACUAGGUAAAUUUAGAUUAGCCUGUUGCUCCAGGACGGGCAGAAACCUGAGCCAAGGCAGCCGGUGGGGGUAGGGGUGGAGACAGUGAACUUGCUCAGUGUGCUCAGUGUCUGUCUCACCCUACACAAAAUGGGAGCUUAAAUGUUUCCACUUCCACAGAGUUUGGGGCCUCAUCGGGAGUCAAUUCAUCAGUGUGAUUUCUGAGUCGCCAAGAUGUUUCGAGAACAGUAUACCACAGUUACUGAGGGCUUCCACCUCGAGAGGCCUGAGAGCCAGCCUGUCUACAAGAUCGGCAUUUACAGCUGGAGGAAGCGCUGCCUUUACCUCUUCGUUCUUCUGUUGCUAACAACGCUCAUCGUGAACCUCGCUCUCACAAUCUGGAUUCUAAAAGUGAUGUGGUUUUCUCCAAUAGGAAUAGGUCACCUGCAUGUUACAGCAGACGGACUUCACCUGGAAGGGGAAUCGGAAUUUUUAUUUCCUCUAUAUGCCAAGGAAAUAUGCUCCCGAGUGGAUUCAUCUCUGCUUCUGCAGUCAACUCAGAAUGUGACAGUCAAUGCUCGAAACUCGGAAGGGGAGGUCACAGGCAGAGUCAAAGUGGGUGCCCAGAUGGUAGAAGUCCAGAGCCAGCGCUUUCAGGUCAGUUCUGAAGCUGCCAAGCCACUGUUCACCGCUGAGGAGCAGGGCAUCGUGGUCGGCACCGGCAGGCUGCGGGUGACAGGGCCAGAAGGAGCAAUUUUUGAACACUUAGUGGAGACACUCCUUGUCAGAGCGGACCCAUUCCAGGACCUUAAGUUAGAAUCCCCAACUCAGAGUCUAAGCAUGGAUGCCCCAAGGGGGGUUCACAUUAAAGCUCGUGCUGGGAAAAUGGAGGCCCUCUCUCAAAUGGACAUCAUCUUGCAGAGCAGUGAUGGAGUGGUGGUGCUUGAUGCUGAAACUGUUGGUUUGCUCCAGUUGAAGCAGGGAACACGGGGUCCCUCUGGCAACUCUCAUGGAUUCUAUGAGAUUUGUGUGUGUCCCGGCGGGAAGCUGUACCUGUCUAUGGCUGGCGAGGCCACCACCUGCGAGGAAAACAGCCACAUCUGUCUCUGACCACUGCUCUCCUGCAGCGCACCUAUGUUGUCUCAGUGAGCCAAGAGCUGUGACCUCAGCCUUUAUGUGCCAAGCAGCUGGAUGGGCACUGGCAGACUCACUGCUAAAGCACUCAGACAGACGCAUGCAGGGGAAAUGGGCCAAUGGAAUUGUUGGGCCCAAACUACCAGGUUUCAGAAUGACACAAAGAGAUGUCAACAACUUAUUCACUGUGCUCUCAUCUUUAUUGCCUCCCUCCACAUCAUGCUGAACUGUUCCCUGGAAGCAAUUGAUGGUACUUGAUGGCAGACACCUAUCUCCUCACCCAUGCACGGCUGGCUGGUGGGUCCUAAAAUGCCCCAACUGUGCACAGCCCUUCCUUCACAUUAAACUCCCAGCACCCCGCUCAGCUGUGUGCAGUGUGCCAGGCUUCACCGAGAUCUCCACAGUCUGAAGGGAAUUUGAGGUUGAUAUGAUUUUCAGUAUGUAGUUAAGGGAAGAAAUUACACAAAUUUAGUCAUGCUUUUUAUAUACAUACCAACAAGCAAUAAAAAAUGACAUUUUUAUUUCA